AAUUGAAAAAAAAAGAAUUGUGUUCAGUUGGUGUAAUUUUGAGACAUCGCGUCGAUCAUAUAAGGAACUCUCGUUAAAGUGGCAAUGAAGAAGCGAUAAGAGAAAAACAAUAAACAAAAAUGAGUAUUUUAAAAAGAAACUCUCCAAAUAUUACAUGAAUUCAAUAUUUCAAGUGCGAUGUACUUCUUGAAGUUCUUCAAAACAAGUAAUCGAUUUUAUAGGACACUUAUAUCUUUAAAUUUGGGAGCAAUUUGCGUGGGUUUGACAAUGGGUUGGCCAAAUCCAUCAAUUGAUUCAGAUAUUUUUGGUUUGAAUAAAAAUUACGAAUGUAUAAACACUGGAAGUUUGCAGACAAUAAUAAAUGGAGGAGCGAGCAUUGGUGCGUUUGUACCAAUAUUAUUGGCUGAUAAUUAUGGAAGACGUUUUUCAUUCUUCUGUUCUGCGGUGACUUGUUCGGUCUUUUGGAUAAGUGUCGCUUUAGCAGUGAAUGAAACGUUACUUUCUUCAGCAGCAACUUUUGCAGGCUUUGGCGUUGGGAUUUAUGUGACAACUUCUGUUCUCUAUGUGGGCGAAAUAUCAUCACGCGAAAAUAGAGGAACUGUUGGAGCUUUCACAUCAUUUUUUGCUCAUUUUGGAAUUCUCACUGUUGGCCUUUUGGCGCUCUAUAUAAAGCUCGCGACACUUGCGCUCGUAGUUGUGAUUAUACCAUUGACAUUCACUGUUUCAAUUUUCUUCUUAAUGGAGGAAUCGCCUUAUUUUCUUUUUAAAACAGGAAAGGUUUUAGAUGCUAAAAUAGCUUUGAAAAAUUUACGCGGCACAAGAACAGUAUUGGAAAUCGAAGACGAUUAUAAGUCAAUGGAAUAUUUUUUCAAUUCCGAAUAUAUUAUGGAGAAGAGAGCGUCGAGUACUUUUAAGAAAUUCUUUUUCCCACAAAAUGCAAAAAAAUCGUUGAUAAUAAUAUUGCCAUUGAUGUUUCUCAGUCAAAUGAUGGGAAGUUUAGCAAUGAAUGAAUAUUUGGGAAACAUUCUUGAACAUUUUGUUCCACGUUAUGAAUACGCUAUCUUGUCAUCAAUAAAUGUUUUAUCCGAUGUUUUUUGCUUAUUAACAAUUGAGAAAAUUGGUCGUAAGAAUCUACUGAUUAUUUCUAUCGUUGGAUCGGCGAUAUGUUGUUUCAUGCUUGCAUUACACAAACUAAUACAAAAACAAGAUUGUCAGGGUUUAAUGAAAGGUGAAAUGUUGUUACCAAUGUUACUGUUAUUGGCAUAUUAUGCCGUUUAUUUCUUUGGACUCAUUCCCCUUGUACCAAUUUUGGCGGGUGAGAUUUUUCCCAAUCGCGUUAAAACAAUGGCUUGUGCAAUUUGCAUUUCUCUUGUCUACAUUGCUGCACUUAGUGUGCAAAAUAUUUUCGAACUUUUACAAUAUAAAACAAAUUCCUGUUUAGCAUUUAGUGUUUUUGCUAUUCUCGGCUCAGUUGGACUUCCGUUCAUACUUUCAUUUUUGCCGGAAACUAAGGGAAAGAGUUUGUAUGAAAUUCAAAAUGAAUUGGAAACGAUCAGCAUUACGUUAGCUUAACAAAAAAUUAGGUUUAAUUUUAGGGGAUUAAAACUUGAUGGUUUUUGUAAAAAAAUUAAGGAUGUGAGGGUUGUAUAGCAAAAAUUAAAUUGUUCGGGGGCUAUUUCAAAUCUUCGGGGAAUUUUCGUUGUCAAUGAAGUGUUAGGAAAGAAACACACUAAUAAAUUUUUUUUCUUCAGUUUAAUUGCAACCAUUCGCAAGGAGCACUAGAAGGAGAAUGACACUAAAUGGUCCUCCCGUCGAGGACAUUGGCGAUGUGAUAUUAUCCUAUCUUCGAUGAUCUGUAGCACUGCAAUCUAUUGUUUCUCAUAACAAUUCGUGCUUUUCUCCUAUUUAUUUAUGUCGGUCAUCAAAAAUAUCUAGUAUUAAAAUCAUUUUUUAAAAAAAUCCUGUAUUUUAAAACUAAAACUUAACAUUUAAAGGAAUGAAAGAAAAUAGUCAAUUGCAACUAUAUAAAACACAUAUUGAAGCGAUCAAAUAGUGUGUUGCUUUUAAAAGAACAAAAUAAAAAUUGUACGAGACAAAAAGUAUAAAGCAAAGAGAAAGUGGAUUUUUAUGGAAAAGAAAAACAUUUAUUGUUUUCUAUAUGGGAAAAAAUGGUAUAAAGAAAAAAAGAAGGGGACUCACCCUUUAAAGCUGCAGGCAGUAAGUCGUUCGAGAGAUGGUGGCGCAGAGCAAGACGAAGUGCACAAAGGUGUUUACAGGAAGGAAGACAUCGAAAACAUCCACGAGAGAUUACAGGGUGACAUUGUCAGGCAGGACAUCAUUGAAUGCAACGACGUCACGUUGGUAGUACAGGCAUCGAGAGAACAUUGUGAGGAUAUGCACAUUGAUCGUGAGCAAAAUCUCAUAUAUUAUGGAAAUGGAUUUAGAGACAUAACAGGGAAUGUAACGACCACAUGGGAUAUUUUAUUUGACUGCAGGGAAUUAAGCGUCUCAUCUAUCUCACAAAAUAAUCAUUAGAGCAUAAACAAUCUCCAAAAGUGCAUUAAAUAAUAAUUGACAAAUUGUGCAAAAAUUUAUAAAAUCAAUUUAAUAUUACUCCCAGUAGUCUAGACAUUAAUCAAAAUUUUUUUUAUUUUCAAAAUUCUUUCUUCCCAUAUUAAAAAUAUUCGGUAGCAAAUUAUAUAGACAUGCAAAAGAAAGUUGUCUUUAAGGAUAAGAAAAAUGAAAGGAAUAUGGAAUUCAGAGACAUUAAAUUAAUUCAACUCAUUGUGAAAAUUAGAUUUAGAAUACUAAAAAUAAGAAAAAAAUCUCCUUGUGAUAAUAUUAAAGUUCUAUGGGAAAAUAAUUUACUUCCCUCUCGAGAAUGUAUGAAUUUAGUUUUGAAGAUAUCAGGGUCAGACGUCUGCUAGAUUUUAACGAUUGUAUCAUAAACUUAGAAGUUCCCGAGACUCAAGGAAUUCUCUCUCUAUAUAUACUUUUCUUUAACGAGUUUUAUACUUAGGUUUUUAUUUGAAACACUUAUCUCGCUUUAUUGUUUUUACUUAACAAUAGAAAUAAUGUACUUCCCGAUUGUCUUUAAAUCUAAGUAACCUUUAAAUAUACUGAUAAUUUGCCAAAUAA